AAAAGCUCCGUUUUUGGGUGUGUUUCUUGGCGGGGGGGGAUGGGGACGCGGAUGGCUCGGCAAUAGGAGGGGCAACUCGUUGCGCCGAGGGUUUUGCUGUUGGAUGGAGCAAGGCAAAACGCGGCCCGGGUGCAGGUGGGUGUCGUUUGUUGAGUAAGAAGACCCAAAAGCUCCAGGUUUUGCCUCAUUUCACCCACCGGCUCCGUGCUGGACCUUAUGACUUCACUCCGACGCUGGGAAGAUGACACCCAUGGAUGACUUCAGGCCGGCCUCUCCAGACAGCUUCGCCGAUGAGAAUGACUACGACGACGUGUCGGUGUCGGGGUCGGAUCGUGGCUACAAGCCGCCGGCAUCCAGCGAAGACCUACGGAGCCAGAAGAGCAAAGGAGUCACAGGAGUCUACACCCUGGCGGGGAAACCGCCGUCGUCAGAUCCUUCCCCAGUGGGGAACCCCAAGCCCAGCAGCGGAGGCCAGCAGCCGUCGGUGGCCGUCCUCUACGUGUUGGUGGCCCUGAGCUUCGUGGCGUGGGUGCUGCUGCUGGCGCUGGCCGUGGUGAAACAGGUGGAAAUCAUGGCGCAGCUGGAGCUCUUGAGGUCGAACUACUCCGAGACCCAAACGAACAUGCUGCAGGAGCUGUUGGAUUCCCGGAGGGAGCAGGCGCGGAUGCGGAGCGGGAUGCGCAGUUACUACCGGGAGCUGCAGGACGUGGCAGCGCACAUCUGCAAAGAGCUCCCGAAGGAGAGUUGCUUGGCGGGUUGGAAGAUCUUCAAGGGGAGCUGCUACUCCUUCUCCACCGAGAGGAUGAACUGGUGGGAAGCCAAGGAGACCUGCAGCGACCAAGAUGCUCACCUGGUCAUCAUCAACUCGGAGCAGGAGCAGGGCUUCCUGAAGAACAGCAUUAACAGCAGCAACACGUACUGGCUGGGCGUGACGGAUCAGGAGCAGGAGGGCACCUGGCUCUGGACAAACGGCGACGCCGUCAGCACCAGCUACUGGAUCACAUGGCAGGAGAACAGGGACCGUGAUCAGAAGGACUGCGGCACGAUGGGGCCCAAUGGCAUGUGGGCCGACGAGCGCUGCUCCCGCCUGCACCACUGGAUCUGCGAGAAGUCCUGGUCCUGCUGACUUCCCCCCAAAAGCUUUUCCAUUUACAGACAGUUCCCAAUCCGUGAGUAAAAAAAAAAAAAAAUAAUAAUCAAACAAACAAGCCAAAAAAAAAAAAAAAAAAGCCCAUGGCAGGCUUUUCCCUCUCGGGACCUGGACAAAGUUUAAAGGGUAAAAAAAGAAAAAGCUCUCUGUAAAAAGGUGAAAACCCGCUCAUGGGUGCAAGGAGAGCCCGCUUCUCCCCACUGCUGCAUUCCCCCCAGCUCUGUACGAAUCCCCUUUGCCCCUUUCCACUUUCACAAUCCUUUUUUCCUGUGUUUCUCUGCCUGGCUGUGGACUGGCAUCAAAUUAAAACCGACCCGGAACCCCCAGGUUCUGCUCAGAACCCCCCGCAUCCCCUCACCCUGCAUGUCAACACCCAAUAAAUCCUUUUUAUUUUUCAA